AUGGGCACCGACUACGCGCUCGUCCAUGUCAAGUACACCAUACCGCCGGCUGUGCUACUCACAUUACUUUACCGCCCGCUCUGGUCGAAACUCGACACGUACAGAGUCGGUUUCCUGAUUACUGUUGCCGUCACUGCGACCAUCCCAUGGGACUCGUACCUCAUCCGCACAGGCAUAUGGAGCUAUCCAAGCCAUGUAAUCAUUGGGCCCACGCUUUUCAACAUCCCUCUUGAGGAAGUCUUUUUCUUCGUCAUACAGACCUACAAUACCUCGCUGCUAUACUUUCUCCUUAGCAAGCCAACCUAUCAGCCAACCUACCUACGCGCCGCGACCCCGUCCUCACCUGCGCCUUGGAAAUACUCGAUGUGGGGUGGACAGGCGGUGAUAUCAGCACUCAUCGCAUAUGGCUGGUACUGCGUCAAGGCCAACGUGACCGGCACAUAUACAGGCCUGAUCCUCGUAUGGGCAGGACCUGUCUUGUUAGGGCUAUGGACGCUUGCAUACCAAUUCAUCCUUGGCUUGCCUCUGUCCAACACAGCGCUGCCCAUAUGGCUGCCCACUCUAUAUCUUUGGGUAGUCGACACCAUGGCUUUGCGCAGAGGGACAUGGGUUAUCAGCGCCGGUACCAAACAUGGCAUCCAUUUGUGGGAUGGGUUGGAGAUUGAAGAAGCUCUGUUCUUCCUUGUCACAAACAUGUUGAUUGUGUUCGGAUUGGUCGCUUUUGAUAACGCCAUUGCUAUCCUGCAUACUUUCCCCGCCCUCUUCCCCAACCCAGCGCCGCAACUGCCAUCACCGGUGGUUCUCAUCCAGGCUCUGUUCGUGUCUCCGAAGAAAUAUGACGAUGCCCGUCUCGAAGGCCUUCGAGAGGCUGUACAUCGAUUGAAGCGCAAGAGCAGGAGCUUUUACCUCGCAUCCUCAACCUUCCAAGGACUUCUUCGCACCGAUUUGCUGCUGCUGUACUCAUUCUGCCGAGUGGCUGACGAUCUAGUGGACAAUGCCGCGACAGCAGCAGAAGCGAAGGAAUGGAUUGCGCACCUGAACAAAUUCUUAGACCUCGCGUACAGUGGACCGAGAUCAAGACCUGCGCUGAUCAAGUAUGUUUUUGGGCAUUUCCCUGCCGACACACGCUCGGCUCUCGUACAGUUACCGACCGAAAAACUGUCGCGCAAGCCAUUACAGGAUUUGCUCCUUGGUUUUGACAUGGACUUGGCCUUCGACACUGCAUCGCCUCCAAUUACGAACGAAGACGAUCUCAAACUCUAUGCCGAACGAGUUGCCGGUACGGUGGCUCAGAUGUGUAUCGAGCUCAUUUUCCGCACCUACACUACCAGCUUGAACCGAAAAGAGCAGCACGAGGUGGAGAUCGCCGGCAACUCGAUGGGAGUCGCAUUGCAAUACGUCAAUAUCGCACGAGACAUCGCAGUAGACGCCAAGAUCGGUCGCGUGUAUCUCCCAACAACAUGGCUGUCUGAGGCAGGCUUGACGCAAAAGGCAGUCCUCGAGCAACCUUCGGGACCGCGAGUUGAAAGCAUACGUAACCGCCUGCUAGACAACGCGUUCGACCUCUAUAAUGCAUCUAAGCACUCAAUCGAACAGCUGCCAUCUGAAGCUGCAGGUCCGAUCAGGGUCGCAGUCGAGAGCUACAUGGAGAUUGGGAGAACACUACGACAGAAAGGCUAUAUGGUCAAGGCCGGGCGCGCGACUGUGCCAAAGUGGAGGAGGCUACUUGUAGCCUGGCAGACGUUGAAUCAGACGAGCAAGUCGCGGUGGAUAUUAAUCUAUGUCGCAGUUCCCGAUAACUACACGGAUGAAAAGACGUUUCUGGACCACCUGCAGCGCAAUCCGCGGCUGCAGCCUUAUGAGUUCUGGUCGCUGAUGGCCGACACAACUAUUAUUGUGCAGCAUCUUGCAUCAGUCGCCAUUUUCUGCUGCUGUUUUGUUGCCAUCAUCCAGGGAAAUGUUUCGCCGCUGUCUGUUGUAGGCUGGGCGACUCUCUGCACCGCGUUGGCUUGGAUUCUGUGGGAUCAUUGGCAGGGCAAACAUCUGGAGGAGUCUACCAGACCGUCAGAGACAGACGAAGCAACAGAUUCGCAGUCGGAUUCGGUGCCGUCUCCACCGUCUCGACGCCAGCAGCGCAUAUCGACGAUCAAGUCGGCUGUGUUGAUUUACGCUGCUUUACUAGGGCUCAGCCCCAUACUCAAGUCCUUGACGAAGUCGACAACAAGUGACUCGAUCUGGGCUAUAAGCACAUGGCUACUUAUGAUGAAUGUAGUCUUCUUCGAUUACAGCAGCGGACCGGGAGCUCAGUAA